AUGAUUUCAGCGAUCCUCUUCACCAUCUCCCACAACCUCUUCUUCGCCGUCGCCACCGCCAUCUCUUCCUGCCUCGUCGUUCGCGCCAUCUACAACCUCUUCUACUCACCUCUUAGCGUCAUUCCCGGCCCAUGGUACGCUGCGGUCUCGGAUCUCUGGAUCACAUAUCACGUCUUGCGACUCGAACAAUGCAAAACCAUCCAGGCUCUCUUUGAACAAUACGGCCCAGUCGUGCGCAUUGGACCGAACAAAGUGGUUUUCCGCGACAUUUCUACGAUGCGUAGCGUGUACUCAAUCCACAAGUUCGACAAAAGUGGUUACUACAAGAGCCUCCUCACUAACGAAAAUGAUCAUGCUAUGACUACUUUGGGCCACGCCGAACACUCCAUGCGUCGCAAGGCGUACGCUCCCCACUACACCCCUGCAAAUCUCGCUAGAUUCCAAACGGAGAUGCAGGAAGCCACUCUUGAGUUGGUAAAUACACUCGAAGGUAUUAAAGGCAAGAGCCCUUUGGAAUGCUUGUCGACUUUCCGUCACUUCAUGGUCGACUUGGUCGUCAUGAACUCAUAUGGGUAUCAUCUCGGUGCUCUUAGAAGAUGGGCAACAGGCGCGGAGGACCUACUUUGUAAUGCCAUCAGCGACUUCCCUAAACGUGGCAUCCUCCGCAGCGCCGUUUCAACCUGGGCAUGGGACAUGGUCUGCCGCAUCCCAAACCGACGAUGGAGGAUGAUGUGCAACUCUGAUAAGAUCAUGGCCGAAUUCGUUAGUCAGCGCGUGUAUGAUAUGCGCGCUCAGGUAAAUUCUGGAAGAUUGGCGGAGAGCGAAAGGCCACCUAUGCUUCAACGUUUACUCCAACACAAAUAUGCCUCUACUAACCAACUCAUGCCCGAUCUCGACAUCAUCUCCGAAUGCAUGGGUCACCUAAUCGCCGGUUCUGACACGACAUCUACUUCUCUUUCCUACUUUUUCUGGGAAGUGAGCCGUCGGUCGGACGUCAUGAAGAGAUUGCGCGCCGAGAUCGACGAGGUUAUGCAAGAUGCCAAGGUCAUACCAGACAUUUCGGUCUUGCAAUCGCUGCCUUAUCUGAAUGCAUUCAUCAAAGAAGGGCUUCGCCUCUACGGAGCUGCUCCAAGUCUCCUUGAACGCGUAGUUCCUGCAUCUACGACCAAGAACGGUUCAGUGAGCGAAGCUUUCGACCUCCUGGGGUUCGCUUUGCCCGCCGGCACCAUUGUCUCCACUCAGGCUUGGUCUAUGCAUCGGGACGACUCCAUAUUCCCAUCCCCAGAUACGUUCUUACCGGAGCGGUGGCUGGAGUCAAAUACUUCCCCAGAAGAGCUGGCGUUGAUGUCGCAGCACAUGAUGCCGUUCGGGACGGGCACACGUGUAUGUGGCGGGCAGAACCUUGCCCAAAUUGUCAUGAGAAUGGUGGUAGCGGCUGUUGUAAGAAACUUCGACAUUGUGGCACCAAGUGAAACAAACGAAAGGACGAUGGAAAUGAAAGACAGCUUUGUCAUCUUCCCUGCUUCCAUGGAAUGCAAACUCGCAUUCAUUCCCCGCAAUUAA